AUGAAAUUUCCACACGUGUCAAGUAAAAUUUGUUUACUCCACUGUGGUCUCCUUUUGCUGAUACAUGUUCAUGUAGCCAAGACCUGGAAGAUCCUGUCGUUCGUGGUGGCGCUGCCUGGAGUCGCGGUGUGUAUGCUGAACAUGUACCUCAGGGCUCAACAACACCAGCACGAGAGCAGCCGGAGUUUCGUCCCCUACAGCCACCUGCGCAUCCGCAGCAAGCGUUUCCCAUGGGGUGACGGCUCCAAGACGCUCUUCCACAACCCCCACGUCAACGCCCUCCCUGAUGGCUACGAGCAGCAUGAUAAUCAUUGAAAGCUGUCUGGAGCUCUAUCAGAACUCCCCUACAGGGACCAGAAAGCCCUCUG